CCUAAUCUUCCUCAACAUCAACUCACAUCUGCCCGUCAUUUUUCAUCUUUUUUUUUUUCCUUCUACGUGAUAUUUUUACACUGCUUGUUUCUUUGUCUUGGAUGCGUUCUUUCUGUAUUGGUGAGAUAGCCGACUUCAGGCAACCACCAUGGGGGUUCCGCAAGAUACGCUCUUCCGCUCAGCGGACAUGAGCCUGACCCAGCUAUAUAUCGCAAACGAAAUCGGCCGGGAGGUUGUCAGUGCUUUGGGAGAAAUUGGGCAGGUUCAGUUCCGUGAUUUAAACCCUGAUACUACUGCCUUCCAGCGGACAUUUACCAACGAGAUCCGGAGACUUGAUAAUGUCGACAGGCAACUGCGAUACUUCCACUCGCAGCUGGAGAAAGCAGGAAUUCCGUUGAGAUCGUCCUCCGAAUUUUCCAACACUUUAGCAGCCCCAAUGGCAUCCGAAAUUGACGAACUGGCUGAUCGAAGUGAGAGUCUUGAACAAAGAGUCACUUCUCUGAAUGAGAACUAUGAAGCCUUGCAGAAACGAGAAAUUGAACUAGUUGAAUGGCGAUGGGUCUUGAGAGAGGCCGGUGGAUUUUUCGAUCGGGCUCACGGCCACACAGAAGAGAUCCGUCAAUCAUUUGAGAAUGAUGAGGCUCCUCUUCUGCGAGACGUUGAACAGCAACCCGCGAGAGGCCAGAACGGUGAUACAGAGACUCAACAAGCAUUCUCAGUCAUGAAUAUUGGCUUUGUCGCGGGUGUUAUCCCGAGAGAUCGGAUUGCAGCAUUGGAGCGAAUUUUGUGGCGAACUCUACGUGGAAAUCUAUACAUGAACCAAUCGGAAAUCCCAGAGGCGAUUAUUGAUCCGUCCAAUAAUGAAAAAAUUCACAAGAAUGUCUUUGUGAUAUUCGCCCACGGAAAGGAAAUCAUUGCAAAGAUCAGGAAAAUUUCCGAGUCCCUUGGAGCCAACUUGUACAGCGUGGACGAAAACAGCGAACUCCGGCGAGACCAGAUCCACGAGGUUAAUACCCGAGUAGGCGAUGUGGGCAGUUUUCUGCGCAAUACGAAAAGCACCUUGGAUGCUGAAUUAACUCAGAUCGCACGUUCCCUUGCUGCUUGGAUGAUCAUCGUCAAGAAGGAGAAGGCAACUUAUCACACACUCAACAAAUUUUCUUACGAUCAAGCCAGGAAGACGCUUAUUGCCGAAGCUUGGUGCCCUACUAAUUCUCUCCCACUUAUCAAGGCAACACUGCAGGACGUGAAUGAUCGUGCUGGAUUAUCGGUGCCAACGAUUGUCAACCAGAUUAGAACCAAUAAAACUCCUCCUACCUAUAUCAAAACAAACCGAUUCACUGAAGGUUUCCAGGUCAUCAUCAACGCCUACGGGACGGCUAAAUAUGGAGAGGUGAACCCCGGCCUUCCGACGAUAAUCACGUUCCCUUUCCUCUUUGCGGUUAUGUUUGGCGAUUUCGGCCAUGGGAUGCUUAUGACCAUGGUUGCCACAGGCAUGAUUUUGUUCGAAAGGAAGUUGCUGAAAACCAAGGUGGACGAGAUCACUGCUAUGGCUUUUUAUGGCCGAUACAUCAUGCUUAUGAUGGGCAUCUUCUCGAUGUACACCGGUUUGAUAUACAAUGAUAUCUUUUCCAGAUCUAUGGAAGUCUUUACAAGCGCAUGGAAGUGGCCGGAACAUUUUAACAAAGGCGACGCCCUUACCGCUGAGCUUAAAUCUAGUUAUAGAUAUCCCUUCGGUCUUGACUCGGCGUGGCAUGGAACCGAGAAUGAUCUACUCUUCGCCAACAGCUUCAAAAUGAAGUUGAGCGUCCUUCUCGGUUGGGCCCAUAUGACAUACUCUUUGUGUUUAUCUUACAUCAAUGGCCGACAUUUCAAGAGACCCAUCGAAAUUUGGGGUAACUUCGUCCCUGGAAUGAUUUUCUUCCAGUCUAUUUUUGGAUACCUCACUUUCACCAUUAUAUACAAAUGGUGCGUGGACUGGAAUGCUCGUGGACAAACCCCCCCAGGCCUACUAAACCUACUCAUUUUCAUGUUCCUCAAACCCGGCACUGUUGAGGAAAAAUUAUAUCCGGGGCAAGGAGUCGUGCAAGUCAUUCUCCUCCUUGUUGCCGUUAUUCAGAUUCCAAUCCUUUUGUUUCUGAAGCCGUUCUACCUUCGAUGGGAACAUAAUCGUACCCGCGCGCUUGGAUAUCGAGGCCUGGGAGAAACUGCCCGUGUGAGUGCUUUGGAUGGCGAGGAUAAUGGAGACAGUCAUAUUUUAGGUGACGGGCGAACCAGCCUAGGCAAUGAUGCGGAUGGUAUUGCCAUGAUCACCCAAGACAUAAGCGAGGAGGAACAUGAGGAAUUUGAAUUCUCUGAGGCGAUGAUCCAUCAAAUCAUUCAUACUAUCGAGUUUUGCUUAAACUGCGUUUCACACACUGCAUCAUAUCUCCGAUUGUGGGCCCUGUCCCUUGCCCACCAGCAACUUUCAGUGGUAUUAUGGACUAUGACGAUUGGUGGUGCUUUCUCCAUGGAAUCAAACGUCGCUAGAGUCAUCAUGAUCAUUGCCACCUUCUACAUGUGGUUCACUUUGACUUUUGCCAUUCUUUGCGUUAUGGAGGGCACUAGCGCAAUGCUGCAUUCCCUCAGGUUGCACUGGGUCGAGGCCAUGAGUAAGCAUUUCAUCGGUGAUGGAAUUCCCUUCCUCGCAUUUAGUUUCAAGACGCUCUUGGAAGAGGAGCCGGUGGAUUAGGCGAUUUAUCUGUCUGGACCGUUUAAAGUGCAGAUGGCUGUAAUAAUUCUUUAUUUUUGGGAGGUCAUUCCGUACUUCAAAUUUAUUUCUUACCUUUCUGCCCUGUACUCUCCUUGACGUGACAUUAUAAAUGAAUCGUUCUUUACACUUUGUUUGUGUAUACCGGUAGUUGAGGAUAUAAUUACUAGAGAACAGAACGUCUGUUUAGGUUCUUUCC